UGCUUACUAAUUAGCCUAAAAUUAAACAUCGAGUAAAAGCCAUUAUGGCCUUCAACAACAAACCCAAGAAGCCCCAUCUGAUUUCAUUCCAUUCUAAUUUCGUCACCGCUCUGCUCUUCAUACUUGCCUUCACCGUUCCUCUCCUCUUUAUCAUCAUCCUUCACAUCUCUUCGUCCUCCCGUUGCACCCCUUUUGCUCCGAACAACGUUGAGCCUUGGUCCGGCGACCUUCGGAAUAUGCAGUUUGCUUGGAAUCGUCUUCCUUUCAAAUAUAUUCAAUCUCCUCCGGUCGUACUCAAAAUCGCUGUUUUCUCACGGAAAUGGCCUACUGGCACCACUCCUGGUGGAAUGGAACGUCAUGCCUACACCUUGCACACGGCUUUAGCUCACCGCGGCCACCGUGUUCAUGUGUUUACGUCCCCUCUGGUCGAUAAUAACAUAGACCACCGUGAUGAUUACCCGAGAAUUCGUUGCCAUGAAGGUGAUGCUGGUAAGUGGAGAUACAACAAAGCUUGGGAGCUCUUUGAUGAAGAGAACCGGCGUGAACCGUUCGACGUCGUCCAUUCGGAAAGUGUGGCUCUUCCUCAUUGGUUGGCUCGUGAUCUCAAAAACCUAGCUGUUUCGUGGCACGGUGUAGCGUUCGAGAGCUUGCAAUCGAGUAUCUACCAGGAUUUAACUCGGAAGCCUAAUGAACCCAUGUCACCUGCUUUCAAUGAUAGUUUAUAUGGGGUUGUCCCAAAAGUGCUUAACGAAAUAAGAUUCUUCCACAACUAUAAUCAUCAUGUUGCAAUCAGUGAUAGUUGCGGAGAGAUGUUGAGGGACGUGUAUCAGAUCCCGAUUGGACGAGUUCAUGUCGUCCUCAAUGGUGUCGAUGAAACCGGUUUCCGAAACGACUUAUCCUUAGGCCUUGAGUUCAGGUCCAAAAUUGGUGUCCCCAUAAAUGGUAGUUUGGUGCUCGGAGUGGCUGGAAGAUUAGUCAAGGACAAAGGGCAUCCUCUGCUUUACGAAGCUUUCUCCAAGCUCGUAAAAAAGCACCCUCAUGUGCACUUGAUCGUCGCGGGGAGCGGACCGUGGGAGAAUCGAUACAAGGAAUUAGGCCCUCGUGUACAAGUUUUGGGGUCUAUGAGUCCAUCCGAGCUGAAGGCGUUUUACAAUGCUAUCGAUGUUUUCGUGAACCCGACACUGAGGCCUCAAGGGUUGGAUCUGACGCUGAUGGAAGCGAUGAUGAGCGGGAAAGCGGUGAUUGCAUCGAGGUUCCCCAGCAUUAAAGGCAGCAUUGUUGUUAAUGAUGAAUUCGGUUUCAUGUUUGCGCCGAACGUGGAGUCGUUGUUGGAGACGUUAGAGGAGGCGGUGCGGGAAGGGCGGAAGAGGCUAGCACAAAGGGGAAAGGCAUCGCAGGAAUAUGCAGCUUCCAUGUUCACAGCAAGCAAGAUGGCAUUGGCAUAUGAGAGAUUGUUUCUUUGUAUAAAAAAUGACACAUUUUGUGUCUAUCCUUAGGAUAUGGUAUACAUGUAUCCAUGUUUAUACUACUUUGGCUUAUUACUUUGAUAAAUUUUAGUUUCAUUUU